AUGGCAACCGCACCCGGCAACAGCCAGCGCGACAACAGUUAUCUGGCUAUGGUUGGCGAUGUUAAAGCCGAACUAACGAGACUCCAAGUCCAACACCGUUGGAUCCAAACGAGUACGAAGGACAAAAUCGCCUUCGCCCCGAUUGACCUCACGAAGGAUGGACUAAAGGUUCUUGAUAUAGGUUGCGCUGACGCUCAGGGGAACAUCCGCUAUGUAACCCAGGACGUGUGCGAUCCACCCGCAGAAGAGUUGAAGGCCCAGUUUGAUUUGACCCACGUUCGGAACGUUCUUCACAGCAGCCACAGAUCCGGAAUCGAGCAAGCAGUUGCGAAUCUCUCAGGUGGUUGGCUACAGGUUAUGGAGUUGGAUAUCACACCUGACCCGCCACGACAGCCUCAAGCCUUGCAAGACCUGAUUCAUAUCAUUGGUUAUAUGUUUGAGAAGCAAGGUAUGGAUCGCGACUACGCCAGAAAGAUCCCAGGCUCGAUGACAAAGGCUGGUCUCCAGAAUGUCACGGUCGAAAGUGUCGAGUGUGGCAUUGGUAAGGUGCUUGGCGAUGAGACGGCUAUCAAGUUAUCCAUAGAGCCGUUCAUGUAUACAAUUCCUCUUGUUGCGCGAAAUGCAAACUUAAUGUGCCCGGAUCUUGAUCCGAGGGUUGUCGCCGACUUAGAGAAUAGAUAUGUGAAGGAGAUGAAUGAACAAGGUGGUUACUUCCCUGCUAAGAUUUACUACGCUCAAAAACCACUAGCAUAA